AUGCAGAACAUCAGCAACUUCCCCACGUCCAACUCAUCCACCGCACCAUCGACUGUCGACAUCUACAACCACAGCACCAGCUACGGCUACAACACCAGCUACGACCACAGCACCACCUACAACCACAGCACCAGCUACGGCUACAACACCAGCUACGACCACAGCACCAGCUACAACCGCAGCACCAGCAACAACCAUAGCACCAGCUACAACCACAGCACCAGCAACAACCACAGCACCAGCUACAACCACAGCACCAGCAACAAUCACAGCACCACCUACAACCACAGCACCAGCAACAACCACAGCACCACCUACAACCGCAGCACCAGCAACAACCACAGCACCAGCAACAACCGCAGCACCAGCAACAACCACAGCACCAGCAACAACCACAGCACCAGCAACAACCACAGCACCACCUACAACCGCAGCACCAGCAACAACCGCAGCACCAGCAACAACCACAGCACCAGCAACAACCACAGCACCAGCAACAACCACAGCAACAACCACAGCAGCAGCUACAACCACAGCACCACCUAUAACCACAGCACCAGCAAAAACCAAAACACCAGCUACAACCACGGUACCAGCUACAACAAGGACUACAUCACCAUCCGUAACAUCAGGCUCGGACUCAAAGUCUUCAUCCUGAUCCCUGCUCUGCUGGCCAACGGCGCCCUCCUGUGGCUGGUGUUCAAAUCCAGACACAACCUCUCCCCGCCUCAGCUCUUGGCCCUGAACAUCUCCAUUCUCUGCAUCGUGUACUGUCUGUUUCUACCUUUUGAACUUUACUUCUGGCUUCAUAAAGCCUAG